GCGCAUGCGUAUGUUACUUAGCAACGUUUCAACAUCUUGGUGGAUGAUAACAAAUAAAUUUAUGCAUCGAAGGUUCAGCAUCGUUGAUUUUUAACAGUUUGCAGUUAGCAUUGUCAUCAUGACAGCUGAAGUGUCUCCCGGAAUUAUUGAAACUAAUCUUCGUACAUUGGCCCAGACCAAACGAAUUAGGGUCACAGAGUUCUUUCAGGAUUUUGACAAACUGCGUUCAGGCUAUAUCACAGAACCACAGUUCUUCAGAUGUUUGUGGCAAACCCUUGGUGUUCAGUUGUCAAAGGAGGAGGCAGAUGCCCUGGCUGAAAAAUAUGACUUGAAAAGAAAUGGACAAAUAAAUUACAAACUGUUCUGUGAGGCCAUUGACCGCCACUUCAAUCCGAACGAUGUGAAGAGGAAUCCCGAGGCACAGAAGGACUCUCCGCUAGAAUUUCUGGGGACGAUGAGGUCUCUAAGACCUCUGAGUACAGCUGCGGAGGGUAAAAUGGAAGGGCUCCUCGAUCGCUUGUCCAAGUACUACCAGGUCCAUGGAAUCAACCUCCGCACCUGUUAUGAAGACUUUGACCGCCAUCACAUGGGGGUGGUUACUGAAAGCCAGUUUUACCGCAAUUUCCCUGGCCCACCUGACGUGUCUGAACAGGAGCUUGGCAUGAUGCUGUCCAAGUACCGCGACCCCGAGCAUCCCGGUCUGCUGAAUUACCUCAACCUCCACAACGACAUCGUCGCCGCCUCCAGCAGCCAGCAAACGCCCGAUCAUUGCAAACUGCCCGAGGUUAACCUCAACAUUGCUCCAUGUGUGUGGACACCAGACUCGACUCUGAACCACAUCCUAGACAAGAUCCGAGUGGCUGUGUACAAGUACGGGAUCCGCACGAUCGAGUUCUUCAAGGAUCACGACAAACUGAGGAGCGGGGCGAUCACAGACAACCAGUUCCUGUGCGGCCUGUCUCUCGCGGUAGGCAUGCAGGCUCAGCUCUCCAGGGCCGAAAUGCAGAAGGUGUGUGAAUACUUCAGACAGCCUGAUGGCCGGGUCAAGUAUAAGGAAUUCAGCGACAUUAUGGAGAAUGCAUUCAACAUUCCAGACCUAGAAAAGAAACCAACUGAACACGUUGUUAGACCAAGGCAAGGAGAACUGUGGAGGACUCUGAAGCCACUGUCAGAAGACGAAGAAGAACGUUUGACUCAAGUUCUGCGGGAACUGUCAGACGACGUGCGAAGACGGCGUUUGAUGAUGUACCCUUACUUCAAAGAUUAUGACAGGGGGAUUGCGUACACGAGAGUUGUAACGAAGACGCAGUUCGCUCGUAUUCUUCACUUUCUGAGUUUGAAUGUGGCCUCCACAGAUCUCCAGUUGUUAUGUCGCAAGUUUGAGGACCCGUCAACGGGCGACAUUAACUACCCAGCAUUUGUGCAAGCCGUCGAUCAAGAGUUCGUUGGCCACACCAUGGAUGAUGUGAGUCUACAAGAUGUACACCGGACCAAAGGGCCAGUGCCAGAGAGAAUUCCACCGGAGCCGGAAAUUACUUUCGACGAACUCAUGUCCCAGAUUAGACACAUCGUGCUUACAAACAGAAUUAGGCUAGGGGAAUACAUGGAGGACUUCGACCCUCUGCGCAGCGGCUCAAUCACCAAGUCGCGAUUCCGUCGUGGACUCAGUCUGAUGGGACUUAGUAAACUUGGGUGGCACGAUCUGACUGAUUCUCAGCACCAGAUGCUGUGUGAUGUCUACCAGGACCCUACUAAAGAGGACAACGUACUGUACGCACAGUUCAUCAGAGAUGUUGAAAGUGUGUUCACAGAGAGUAACCUGGAAAAGGACCCCACUUACCGAGUGCCACCCUCUAAGAUGUUUGUUGUGCCGAAGCCUGGCACGGUGAGUGUGGAGGCUGCGAGCGAUGACCAUUCAGACUUGUUGAUGAAGACGAUGGACCGGUUGAGACAGAGGGUGGAGCAGAGGAGGAUCCUUGUGGAGCCAGUCUUUGAAGACUUCGACAGGCAUAACAAUGGUCACGUGACCCAGACCCAGUUCCGCCAGUGUUUGAGAAUGCUCGAUCUGAACGCCACUGAAUCUGAACUGGCGUCCAUUGAGGCCAUCUUCUGCAACGAUGUCGGCUUCAACUACGUGGCAUUCCUCCGUGAGCUGCAGCCGAAAGACCCACCCAGAUUCAUGUAUCAAGAGAUCCAGGACCUACUGAACCGAACCAAUCAGAAGUCGAAGCUUCCUGAGCGUAACUGUAUGGGAGAUCUCGAGAACGUCCUGCUAAAAAUUAAGACCAAAGUUGCCAAGGAAAGAGUACGAAUUAUUGAUUUUAUGCGAGAUUAUGACAAGCUACAUUCCGGUCGAGUGCUCAAGAAUUUAUUCCGACGAGCUCUAACGCUGUGUCGAUUCGACCUUUGUGAAUCCGAGAUGGCCAUUUUGGAAGACAAGUACGAGAGUUGUGUGAACUCUGAUUAUGUGGAUUACGUGAGGUUCUGCGACGAGAUCGAGUCCAUCUUCACGCGGAAGGAGCUGGAGAAGACGCCGCUCUCGGAUGUGGGUCAGUUCACCGUGCCGGAGGAGUGGCAGGAAAACAAGCUGCCUGACCAAGCAAAGAGCAAAUUCAGAGCAUGCAUGGAGCGAAUUGCUGAGAAGGUGCGACAGCGCAGGAUGCAGCUGUUUCCACUGUUUGAAGAUUACGAUCGCGUGCACAACGGGACAGUGACCCGCUCGCAGUUUCGCCGAGUCCUCACAGAACUCGAGCUGAACAACUUGGUGACCCACGAGGAAAUCCAACUCCUAUGGCAGCAGUUUGAGGUCAAGGUUGGCGGAAUAAGCGAUACCAACUACAUCGCCUUCUGUGACAUGAUUUAUGAUAUGGGCAAAUUCGAGUGGCGGAAACCUUGAGUCUGUUAUGUAUUUAUAAAAAGUGAUAAUGAUAUUUUGAAUAUACAUGAAAAAUUAUAACGAUAUUUUGAAGACGUUUUAAUUUCCAAUUCGCAGUCUGAUGUGUCAAGCACGCUGCUGUUGUAAAAAGAAUAUUUUAAAAAUUCAUAUAUUAUAAUAUAUUUACAUGUAAAAUAAUAUAUACAUAUAUUGUUGAACCUGUAUUAAACAGUCACUUUAACAUGUCAAAAUGUGCCCUAUGAAGACAUUUAGCUGCUGUAUACAAUUCUGUAAAUAGUAGAUUAAUUGGUGACUGCUUUAUAAAGAUGUCCAUUUAAACAGGUUGACUAAUAUGAAGACAUCUUGUAUAUAACAACCAUCUUUCUUUAAAGGGCACCUCCAUUAUGUAUGUUAUCUCUAUAGAGACCACCUAAGUCAUAUUGCAGAAGUGUUGGGUGGUCUUUAUAAGCAGUUGGCCUCUGUAGACAGAUGUGACUACUCAUACAGCAUUCAUUUACCUUUAAAGUAUUAUUUUAGUGUGCUCAUCUUGUGUUUUGUUUUACACAUAAUGUUUGUCAGCAUUAUUUUUGUAACUAAUGACUUUGGUUUAUCAACAUUUGUUAAAAGGAUCAACAGUUGCUUGUGUAUUAACAUUUUAUAUUAUAUAUUAGUGGGUGAAUAUGUAUUUAUAAAAACAUCCUUAUUAUUUUUUUAAAGAAAUAUUGUAGUAAAGAAAAUCUGUUUUAAUAAAAAAGAUAGGAACCUUUCUUCUUUUUUAAAAGCUGUUAUUCUGUGACAUAUUAGUGGGUGAACAUUUGUAAAACAAUGUCUAAAGAACCUCGUUUUUACAUAUAGUGAAGAAACCUUGUUUUUAUAAAGGAAUAUGUGCCUCGGUUGUUGUCCAGUGGACAAGUAAACAUUUUCAGUGCAGUUUCAUUUUUGGCAAUCACAAACAUCAUCCUGAUACUUGAAUAAAAUAAACCAUUUAUUUGGACAAGUGAAAAAGUUUUGCAGAAUUCUUGGGGUUUUUUCAUUUAAAAUAGUACAUAUAAAUUGUAAAAGAGAAGAAAGCACAAAGAAGGAAUGAAAUAUAAAGCUGACAUGAGAACCAAGUUGGGGAAAUGUUUCAUAUUUCAGUUAUAGCUAAUAAUAUUGUUUAAAGCUGGCUUUCUCAAACGGUGUUUACUGAAAUUACAUUGACAGUGUAAUUUGAGCAAAAUACAGAUGUUUAACAAUU